GAGUAUUGGACAGCCUUGGCAUUUAUGGCGGAUACCAAGUAGAUGAGCCUUUUCGAUGAUUUACCCGAGCCUAGCGUCGAAAGUGGUGAAUUACAAAAAGCCGAGCAGUCAGCUGAGGAUGUUAAUCGAAAGGAAUCGAUGUCGAUCGAACUUAUUCCAGUACUUUCCUCAGUUAUCGCCAGGAAAGGUGAAAGACCAGAAAUGCAAGAUUCCCAUGUGCUGGUGGAUAACUUGGCACAACUCAUGUGUCGAGGAGUCUCCAGUGAAAUAACUAGAGUGAGCUAUUUUGCAGUUUUUGAUGGACAUGGAGGAGCCAGAGCAUCUAACUUUGCCUGCAAACGCCUUCAUCAACAUGUAGCGGCUCGGUUUCCUCGAGGUGGGACACAACAAGUAGAAAAGGAUAUUAAACGUGUACUAUACGAUUCGUAUAAGAAAACAGAUGAAGAGUUUUUGAGAGAGGCUUGUCAGCAGCGCCCUCAUUGGAGAGAUGGUAGUACAGCUGCAACUGUUUUAUUGGUAAAUAACACUCUGUACAUUGCAAAUCUAGGUGACUCAAAGGUCGUCUUAGCCAGAUUCGUUGAUUCUUCAUCAUUGUCCGAUCCUGAUAGUUCUAAUGAUAAUACAAACAACAAUGGUGGGAAUAUUGCUGCAAAAGUCCCUAAAUUGAGUGCAAUCUGUUUGACGAAAGACCACAAUCCUAUGGAUUAUGAAGAACGUCAGCGUAUUCAGGCUACCGGAGCUUCUGUUCAAAAUGGUCGCGUUAAUAAUGUCCUUGAAGUUAGUCGAUCAUUUGGUGACUAUCAAUUCAAAAAGCAAGGUGUAACAUGUAUUCCAGAUGUACGGAAAUGUCAGCUGACUGCUAAUGAUCAGUUCCUGUUAAUAGCUUGUGACGGUUUGUGGAAGAGUUUCCCUCCAAAUGAAGCUGUUUCUCUUACCCAUCAACUUCUUAUGAAAGAAAUUGGGAACCAUAAUAAAAAUAAUCAAAAUCCACACAACGGUCAGGUGAUUAAAGAUUGUUUAUGUUUUUUAUCAUGAUUUAUCAUACUAUCUUGACUGGGUAUAUUUUCGGAUGUAAAUUUUAUUCAGCCCUCAAAAUAUUACAACACCAACCUUAGACGCUUAUUGAAACUCAUAUUGUCUCAACACAGUUUCCCCUGAAUUUCGUCUUCUCUAAAUGUUGUCAUUUCCCCCCCACUACUUUCGAGGAGUAAUGAAUAUUGGUGAAAUAUUGAUGAAGUUUUAUCUAUAUACUUAUGGUCUUGUAAACGCUUCCUAAUAUAAACUGAUGGAUAUAAACCAUUACUGACCUACUAUAAUAGGAUAGUGGCCCAAAUGACUACACUUUGUGCUAUAACAGCGAUACGAGACAAGAAAACGGGAACUAACAUGUAAAUAAAUGAAUGCACCAAAAAGGUAACAGCAGAAAAAAUUGGUUGAGAGGCGAUAACAAGUUGGUAGAUUUCAAUGUAUCUUAGAUUUGGAAAAAGACUACUAAUUCGAUGCCAUCGCAUGUAUUUGGCUAUUGUUCAACUUUCAGAUCAACUGAGUAGUCAAUGGUUCACUCCAUACCAAAAAUCAAUUAGAGGUUUUGUAAGCUGGCCUUGUGUUCCAGUUUCAAUUUUUCCAGUUUCAGUAACCAGUUGUUAAAGCUGUCCUGUAACAUGUGUUUUGAUUCUGUAGACAAUUUUUUGCUGAUAUUGACAUCAAGAAACAAUUCAAGGAUUUAAAUGUUUUAAAUGUUAGGAUUUUUUGUGAAAGUGUUGAAUAAGCAUGCACUGCACUAUCAACAAAUUAUGAUAGUCUUUUCUUGUGAUUAAUUCAAAGGGUGACUUUCCGGUUGGUGACCUAGCCGUUAGCUCAUAGUUGAGGUCUAAGCACAUCUUGUCGAGCAUUAGGAGUAAUACUACGUUUUCAUUUUUUACGUAAAAGUUACAUGAUCUUGAUCUUAGUUUAAUUAUCUACAAUACUAGUCUGUUGCUUACCUUUCGAUGGUCUAAAUGGAGUCUUUGGAAGUCAGUCUUACUAUAUGCUAUUUAUUUAUUUUCAAAAAAUCAGCAGUCUGCAUCCAAGUCUUCUCAUAUUUUAUCUCAACGCCAUUUGGACUCAGUAUGCACACACUUGGUUAAUGAAGCUGUCCUUCGCAUGUCAGGUGACAAUGUGACUUGCAUAUUAUUAGUCUUCCCAACUACAUUUCUUCAAAGACAUCCUUCUGUUGAUCACCCAGAAAGUUCUUUUGUAUCGCAAGAUGAUGACACUUCAGAACCAAGCUCGAAAUUCGCCCGUAUUGAAAAAUGACCUGUGCAUAACUCUAAAAAUGAUUAUUUAUAUGUUUCUGUGCUAAAUUUUCUCGCAAUAUUUUCAUUGUCGAAAUUUUUACUUUCACUUUGACUAUGUGUUGUAAUUAUUAUUUGAUGCAUACAAAUUCUUUUACAAUAAGACCGUUCUAUUCACUG